AUGCAGAUCAAAGUCGAGGAUGACUGGGUUCCUGCCGAACGUGUGGUUCAGCAGGGCGAACAGGACCAUUCGCAAGCAGAGGUGUCAGAUGCAGAUCUUGGGCAGGUGGAAAGUAUGGAGGGAGAAGUGGCUGACUUCAUUAGCAAGCUCCAGCUAACAAGUUCCGACAUGUUGCGGGCGACGACGGCAUAUCGAGCGCUGUGGCACUUUGGCCGGCCGCUCCGCGAUGGGCGAUGCUACCGGCAGCUCUACGAGUGGAGCUUUGUCACGAAGCAUGUGGCGCAGUUUUGGAGCCAUUCUUGGCAUGGACCGGUUGUGGCUAAAGUGCUGUUGCUGUUGGUCAUGUACAACGGCUUGCCGGCUGUUUUGGUUGGCAGCGCAUCUGUGGCAAUCACAUUGCUACUGCAUCAUCUGUGUUUGCUUCCAUGCAGCAUCGAACGGAACGGACAGUCAGCCAUCGCUGUUAGUGUCGGUUUGCUAGCCAGUUCUUUGACCUUCUUCUUUUGGCGGUCCCGUCAGCGGGUCUUUUUGGACAGGAUUUGCAUCCACCAAACAGAUGAGAAUCUCAGAAUGAUGGGUUUGCUGAAUGUCGGAGCAGUGCUGAACAAAUCUGAUUCCCUACUCGUUUGCUUAGACCAUACCUACAUCCGCAGGCUCUGGUGUGUACUAGAAAUAUCUGCAUUUUUGAAAAGCAACGGCCAGGAAGGGAUCAACAUCAAACCCACCAGCUGGGGCGUCAGCAUUGUUAUCCUAUUCUUGGCAUGGAAUGGCAUCAUGUUGGGUAUCGCGGUUGUAGGUGCGAUUCUCAGACAGUCGACUGGUGUCACAACUGUUCUGGGUGAUGGACAGCGGUUGGGCUUCUUGCUUUGGGUGAUACUCGGCAGCACAGCCGUGCCUAGUUCCUUUCUCACCUUGUACAUGGUGAGCCGCUCCUUGCGUGCCCACUUCCGAGCGGUCGAUAGCAUUCGCAAGCAGCUGGAAACUUUCUCCGUCAAGGAAGACACGGUCGCCCACUGCUGCACUCUGAACCACGUCGACCCCGCCACCGGCGCAACACUCACAUGUGAUCGCGUGAUUCUUGAAAAAUGCCUGGUGUUGUGGUUCGGCUCGGUGCAGGCGUUCAACGAAUUCAUUCAGAAAGAGCUGUCAGUGGUGUUCAAGAAGCUCACAACCAGCACAGUCCCCUACACUUGGAUUGUUGCUGCUGGAAUCCCUCUUCUUUGGUUUCAUGCCGGGAAUGCAGCUUAUCAUCUGCGGACAGAGAACUACCAGGCCGCAGCGAGGCUUGUGUUCUACGUUCCAUCUUGGUGGUUGGCGAUCGGCCCAACAUGCCUCCAACUUUUCGUCUGGCUGCUUCGCCGUGUGCGGCGACAGCGCAGCAGUUUGUGCCAGGAGGUGCUUGUCAAUUUCGGAUGCUCCUUGUACGCCGCUUUCAUUUACUUCGUUGUUGCUGCUUUUGAAGGUUUCUGGUAUACCACGUUUGGAACGGAUGUGCCCUCGAUGGCAGCAUUUUCGGUGGUCGUGAUGACGAUCUGCGCUCUCAUCCCGUGUGCGACUUGCUGCAUGUCAUUCUGGCCACAACGCAGGGCAUGA